CCCAUUUUGUGGUUCCUUCAAUUGUAACUAUACACGACCGUUUCGGGUUAUGUGCAAAACUGCAAGAGAACACGAGUGCUUACACAGUUACACUUAUCGUCAAACGGUCGAGUAGUUUACUUUUCUCUAAGAAGCGACACGUGCAAAGACGUGGCGAUACGUGUCAUUCAGAAGCUAAAAGGAAAAACAAAAUGUUUGUUGCGGUUUCACAUCCUCAAAAAGUGUUUAUUAUCCCUUAGUGGUAGUUAAGAUUUGGUGAUGGAGAGGGUGUAGUAACCAAACCCGAGAAGUAUAAUGAUGAAUCUAUUGGCUUUGUCUCUUGUCUUGAGCACUUUACUUGCGGCGGAGGUAUGGUCUCCGAGCCCAGCCAUGACCACUCACCAGACGGUUGCGUUGGAGGGAGACGUCAUCGUCAAAGAUGGCCACCGCGUUGUGGUGGUUGAGUACGAUCGCGAUGGUAAAACCAAUACCAGAGUGUCCAUCUCGCCGCCAUCGGCAGAUCAAGGAGAAGAAGAAGAAGAAGAAGAAGAUAAGGAAACUGUUUUGCUUAGAAACGCCAAAGAGAAAGCAAAAGAAACGGCGUCGUACUUUCCAAACGUCGGCCAAGGGAUCUCGCAGCCGCUAGUGGCAGAGGAGGCGCGUGAUCACCACGCUACGGCUGGGGAAGUCAUAUGCGACGCGUUCGGUAAGUGCAGGCAGAAGAUCGCGAGUGUAGUCGGUCGGGCUAAAGACAGAACCGCCGAUUCCGCUAAUGAUGUCGGCGGUACGAUCUCCGAUGCCGGAGACGCUGCGGCGGGUAAGGCUUACGACGUGAAGGAGACGGUUUCACGUGGGGCACGCGACGUGGAAGAAACGGUUGCUGGUAAAGCCCAAUAUGCUAAGGACAAGUUAACAGAGAAGGCUCAUGAUUUGAAGCAGAGUGUGGCUGAUAAAGCCCAUGAUGUGAAGCAGAGUAUGUCUGAUAAAGCCCAUGAUGUGAAGCAGAGUAUGUCUGAUAAAGCCCGUGAUGCUAAAGAGAACUUAGCAGAAAAAGCUCAUGACGCGAAGGAGACUGUGGCCCACAAAGCCCAUGAAUCGAAGGAGAGGGCGAGAGAUAGAGUGAGGGAGAAGGCCCACGAAUUGAAGGAAAAGGCAGCUCACAAGUCGCAGAACGCGUGGGCGAGAGUUAAGACGGCGGCGCGUGGGUUCGGAUCAGCGACGGCGGCGGUGUUGAGUCCGAAGAAGGUGGCAAGCGUGGUGGGAUUGGUUGCGAUUGCGGCGGCGUUCGGGACUAGCGUGUGGGUGACGUUUGUGUCGAGCUACGUGUUAGCUUCGGUUUUGGGGAGGCAACAGUUUGGGGUGGUGCAGAGCAAGCUGUAUCCUGUUUACUUCAAGACGACCUCUGUCGGAAUCUUGGUGGGUUUGCUUGGUCACGUGCUUAGCAGGCGGAGGAAACUCCUCACUGACGCGACGGAGAUGUGGCAAGGCGUUAACCUCUUGGCUUCUUUCUUUAUGAUCGAGGCUAAUAAGUCAUUCGUUGAGCCACGUGCCACCAAGGCGAUGUUUGAGAGGAUGAAGGCAGAAAAGGAAGAAGGAAGAGGAGGAGAUAGGACGAGUGAGCAAGAGUUAAGGCGGAGACUAGAAAAGCUAAGUGAGAGGCUGAGCAAGCUCAACACAUACUCCUCUUGGUUAAAUAUACUGAUGCUCAUGUCUUUAACCUGGCACUUUGUUUAUCUCGGUCAGAGGCUUGGGGCCGCAUGUUGAUGCAUAUAUACUUUUGUUGAUCUUUGUUUAUCUCUUGGUCCUUAUAAAAACUUUAGCUAACUUGUUUUCUUGUCGGUCUUUGUUGUUGUUUUUUGACGUACUGCUUACUGUAUGAAGGUUUGAUGUUGGAUUGUCAAAUUUAGGUCAUAUGUAGAUAUAUCUUGUAAUUAGGUCAUGUCUUCACUUUUGGGUUUAGACAGUUGAUUUCUUUUGCCUACUUAAAAUACGAAAAUACCAGUCGGUAGACGGUAGCUCAUUACCGG